AUGAGUUCAGACCUAGAAAAAGAAGAGAAAGAAGAAGAAGAAGAACAGAUUAGAUACGAUGACUCAGUGAGGAUCAAGAGCUACGCCACUUCGUUCGACAUCACUAGCGCCGAGGAUGUUCCAGAUUUGAGAAAUUUGAAGUAUAGAACAUCGACUGAUCAUUUAAACUGUCCCGUUUGCCAACAGCCUUUUAUAGCUCCACUUACAACGAUAUGCGGGCAUACGUUUUGCAAAGAUUGCAUCUAUGAGUGCUUAAAGUCGUUGAAAAGUUCCGGCACCACCUCGGCCUCAACUGGUUCAGGCUCGGGCUCGGGCUCGGGCUCGGAUUCCGGGUUCUGUCCACUUGAUCGGACUCCACUCGACGCGGCCAACAUAAAUGACUUGUUUCCCACGCCGCUUAUAGUCACGAACCUCAUUGAUGAUUUAAAAGUAUCCUGUUUGAACCACGAGCGAGGAUGCGAAUGGAGUGGGUGUCGGUGGGAGGUUGAACACCACGUCUUGGACGUUUGCCCUUAUACGGGGGUGCGUUGCCAUGGGCAAAGACUCAAACGAAAUGGAAACGAGAUUGAAAAAUUAGAAAACAAGUGUGAUUUGCUUGUUGAAAGGCGGCACAUGAAGAAGCAAAAAGAUGCUGAAUGCGUUCAUCGACUAUUCCAAUGUGAAUUCUGCAAACGGCAAGUCUCGCUUUUGACACAGGAGAAACACCUCGAACAAGAGUGCUUGUUCAACUACAAGAGCUGUGAGCUCUGCGGCAAUGACUCCAUUGCUGCCAAGAACUUGGAAAAACAUCGCGAAAACUGCAUCAAGACGGGCAAAAUCAAGUGCCCCGCGCAUGAAAUUGGAUGCAAAUGGGUCGGCUCUAAUGAGACCUCGUUGGAGAUACACUUAGGAGAUGGCCACUGCCAGUUGAACCAGUUUCUACCCUCUUUCAACAAGAUGUCGAGCCGGAUGUCGACGCUAGAGCUGGAAAACGAGUUUUUACAAAAACAAGUACACAAGAUUCUCGAUUCAAUCAUUCAAGGCAAAGUCUCGAAUCUCGGCUACAAUGACAAUUUGGAAGAGAUCAACAAGUUCAAGGACAAUGUCGAGGACCAGGAUAAGUUGAUUUAUUUGAAUUUCGAGCUUGACCGGUUAAAGUUUGAAAUCAAUGAGAAACUCGUGCCGUUUAUGAACAAGUACAACAACAGCUUCACCAGCCGCAACGAACAGGAAAACAUCAACAACGCCACGAUGUUGAAGAACUUGAUCAGCGACAACUUUAUCAUGAGAGAGGAUAUGAAUGUCCAGCGCAUGAUGAUCAACAGCCUAAGAAAACAACUCCAGUAUUUGUUGUUUGCACGGAACAAGAAUGUGGGGUUGAAUGCCAACAGCGGCUCGCUUAUGGUGAUGCAGAACACGGGCGAAGAAUCGAUGGUUCCCGGUGAAUUCUACAAUUCCAUCUCCCGAAGUAACUCAGAGGAAAGAUUGAACUUGAAACUAUAG